AUGAAUACAAAAGUCAAGCCAUCUUCUAAGUCAAUUCAUCUUCCAACAUGGCUUCACAAUCUCAUUAAAUAUCUGGAGAAAGGAUGGCACUACUUGGUUGUACCACCGUUGGUUGAAAAAGCAAAACGUCUUGAACAUGAAGAGAAGAAAAAACAGAAAAGUAAAGACGAAGACGACGAUGAUGACUUCGAAAUUGAUUACAAGCGUGCUACAUCUGAAUUUUUUCGACGAUUAUUCGCAGAAUUCAUCGGCACAAUGUUACUCACAGCUGGACAUGGCGCUGAUCGUCUAGAAUCAAAACGUGGUCUCAUUUCAAAUGAAAGUGCGGCAUUCAACAAUGGCGUCUCACUUCUUUUUCUAGUCUACUCCCUUGGUGGUCUGAGCGGUGCACACUUUAAUCCCAUCGUUACAAUGGCCUUCACUGCACGUCUCGUCUUUCCGUGGAUUUGGCUGCCGUUCUAUUUACUAUUUCAGUUUAUCGGUGCACUCUGCGGUGGACUGAUCAUACGCGCCUUGUUCGGUGGAACAUACGCUGCUUUGGGAACGAACAGUGUCGAUACGCACGUAACAACGGUGGCCAGCUGUUUCAAGUGGGAAAUUUUCUUAACCUUCUGUCUUCUCUUCGUCAUCCUGCAGACAGCUACGAAAGCCAAUAUCAUAGGUAGUCAGGCUGCAAUUGCUGUUGGCGCCGUAGCGGCAUUUGACUCGUUGCUCGGCGGCUACUACUCAACGUCUUCAAUGAAUCCGUUUCGUACUCUCGGUCCAUCGAUCAUUAACAAUUCAACAGACAAUCGACACAGUCUCUGGAUCUACAUUGUCGGACCGUUCCUCGGCGGAUUACUCGCCUGGGUCGUCGUCAGUUUACUCCAGGGCUAUCUACCAAAGUCAAAGAAUGAAAUUAUAAGUGCACACGGCGAAGAACUCAACAAUGUACCGGAUGAAAUCGAUGUUUAG